AUGACAACGAAAGCGAUUGUUGUAGAAGUUGAAUGCUUAUUCAUCCUAGUUGCACCAACAAACCCAAAGCUAGGAAGUAAAGUAUUUUCUUCAGAAGUAAACAAAGCUUUACUAGUGAUGGAUAUCGCUGUUUCACGUGGAGGGGAAGUAGCAAGCUUGAGGAGACAACUACAGUACUUACAAGAAAGCCACAGGCAGCUUUUGGGAGGAGAACUUUCUGGAUUGAGCAUCAUAGACCUGCAAAACCUGGAAAAUCAACUGGAAAUGAGUUUGAAAGGCAUCCGCAUGAAAAAGGAACAAAUCAUGACUGAUGAAAUGAAAGAGUUAAACCGAAAGGGGAGUCUCAUUCAUCAAGAGAACAUAGAACUGCGUAAGAAGGUAGACCUUGUUCAUCAAGAAAAUGCAGAAUUGCGGAGAAAGGUUCAUGGCUCACAGAAUAUUGAUGAAGCAAACAGGGUUUCCUACAUAAUUAACAAUGCAAUUAACAAUGAAUAUGAUUUGCGCGGCCCCAUCAAUCUACAGCUAAGCCAACCUCAAACUCAGAAGAGUCCACCAACAAUAAUGAUGAAGUUGGGGUAA